AAACCACAGCCCCCUAGUCCCCUUCCCCAUCCAUACACACACCCACACACACAAAGUCCCCAGCAAUGCCAAGGGGGGCUGAUCAGCCUGCUGCCUGCUCUGACAAGCUCUGCCUCCUCACCUCACACCCUUGAGGCUCCGCUAAACCAAGCUUUGACCGCUGACCUCCCCGUUGUCACCCUGGGAACCAAAGGUCGCCUGUUCUCCACCGAAGUCGGGGAAGCCCUCCUGUCCAGCCAGGAGCUGCAGCCACCAGUGGCACUCAAAGGUUUGGAGCAUCCUGGCUUGGAUUCCCAGUAUGAGCCUUCCUCCUGGUCCUCUGGCUCCCCGUGCAGCAGUGAUGGUAACAGCAACUGGAGCAAAGUCCUAGGUGACGGGAGUUCCGACAAAUCCAAUAACACUUGUUCACCCAGCUCCUCUGUCUGGCCUCCCUCCUCCUCUUCAUUUUCUUGCUCCUCAUCCUCCUCUGGCUGUGGUUCAGGGUCUGAUCCGGAGUUGGCAUCAGAAUGCAUGGAUGCAGAUUCUAACUCUUCAGUCGGUUCAGAGAAGAACCUCGGCCUUGCUGCAACUACAGUGAUGAUGAUGUCAGCCAACACUUCUUCUUCCGUGUCCUCAACAGCUUCUUCCCCCUCCUCUCUGACAUCCACCAUGAUGGUUGGUGUCGGCGUGAACGGAGACAGCAACAUUUGUCAGGUCGGAGGCAUCGGAACCUUAAGCAACGCAAAUAAUGAAAACAAUAUCACCGGAUCCUCACACUACUCCAUGGCUGGGUCCAGCAGUAUUGGCAGCAAUAAUAUGAGUAACCACAACAACAAGCUAUUUGGCGGUAGUGGUGUAUGGGGCUCCCAGUCAGGCAGCAACAUGAACACAAUCGGUGGAAGCAACUCUUAUAUAAAUGGAGGGUCAAACCCAAACAUUUUAAACCCAAAUGCCAACCACGGUGCCUGGCCACAGAAUACAACCCCAAACCCGGUGUGCCAGGGCCAAAGGCCUCCACCGGCUCAGGGGAUGACUUCCAAACUGGGUGUAGUUCCUCACCAGGGGCCCAUAAUGGCCUGGGGGGGCAUGGCAGCUCCAGACAGCAGCAGUAUGAUGGAAGACACUGAGGUGAAUAAUGGUACAUCGAGCAGCAAGGUGUUAGGAGGCAGCAACAGUGGCAAUGGUGGUCUGCUGCCUAGCAACCUUAACACUGAACCCAAUGGACCAAAUAACACUAUCAUGAUGAAUACUACUACUACUACUAACGCCACAGUGACCUCUAGUCCACCAGACUCUACCGCCUCACACCUGCUCAGCGGGGAGCGUUCCUGGGGCUCCAUUGGAGGAGGAAAUGGGGGGCCGCUGGCCAAUGGGAGCCCUUCAUUAGCUCCCCAGCACCCUCAAGGAGAAUCAGGGGGUACUGGGGCUUUUGGUACGCCUUGGGGCGCAGCUACCUACCCUGUAGACAAAAGCCCCCUUAAUGUAGACACUGUGAACUCCCAGAACUCCUCUAUUGCUGCUUUUAAGAGUAAUAAUAACCACAAUAACACUGGGGCCCCACGGUCGGACCAAGGGCCCACCAACACCCCGAACCAGCCUCAAAGUAACUUGUCCUGGAGCGUUGGCCCUAAUCAAAUCCCAGGCUCUACAGGCCAAGCUCCUGGAAGUGGAAACCAAACUACUGUGGGCCCUCCAGCAGGGAUCCCUCGCCCGUGGGGGAGCAGCGCAUCCUCCUCUUCCUCGUCGUCGUCAUCAUCUUCUUCCACCUCUAACAGCAAAAUGUCAAACGGAGAAUGGGGAUCGGCGACGACUGGUAACAAUUCAGAAGCAGGAAUUCAGAAAGGAAGUUCUACCAACAAUGGGUGGAAGAGCCUCGAGGAUGACGCUAUGGGUAUGGGAGGAGCAGGAGCAGGCGGUGGUAGUCAGGGCCUGGGAGGUGUCACUGGAGGCUGGGGCCGCUCCGGAGGAAGCGAAGGAAGUUGUGAAAGCGCCGGAGGUCGAUCCAGCUCAGACAGAGACGUCAACCAGUCUAAAGGAGGAAACCGCAAGAAAGUCGACCAUACCCCGUCGAUGACGCCAGCCAUAACCCGGGCCGAUGUGGACCCGAGGGUUCUGUCCAACACUGGAUGGGGACAAACGCCCAUACGACAGAACACCGCUUGGGAUGUCAAUUCUCCUAUGGUCAAUCAGGGUCCUAAAGGGGAUGAAAGAAAGCAGAGCAGCGGGGGUUCCAGCUGGGGCACAGCAACAACGGCAGCUCCCUCCCAGACCUCUGGAGGUUGGGGGGUUGGGCCAAGCAGCUCAGGCCCUGAUGGUGGAGGCUCUGGCUGGGGAGAGCAGAAACAAACAUCAGGUUGGGACAGUAAAGGAGGAGGUGGCUGGGAUGAUGGAUCCAGUUACAAGGGUGGUAACAGCAGCAACACCUGGAACAACAACGUUAAAGACGACAGGUCAAUGACAUGGACUAAUACACCCAAAACACAGCAGGGAUGGGGAUCCAACAGUGGAAACAGUAGUGAAGGAUGGGGCAGCGGUGUCGAUGGCACCAGAACAGGAGUCAGCAACCACUGGGGGGAACCUCAGAAGGGCGCUGGUUCAGUGGGGUGGGACAGCGACAGCGACCGCUCCGGCUCCGGAUGUUGGAGUGAGCCGAGCCGGACCACCAGCAGCAGCAGCACCUGGGUAGGCAGCGGAGGAUCGAAUACUCCUGACCAGAGCACUCCAAACCCCAGCUCCAACUGGGGAGACCCGGUCCACAAGCCCAACCAAGGCUGGGGUGAGCCAGGGAAGAACAACCAUGGAGCUCAGAACUGGGGGGAAGCCAACACUAAACCUUCUAACGAAUGGAGUAAAGGUCCUGAAUCCAGCACGUCCAGGGGCAACCAGGGUUCCAGCAAACCCACAGGCUGGCUUGGUGGUCCAAUGCCUGCUGUAGGCCAGAAGGAGAACGUUGCAACUGGAUGGGAGGAACCUUCUCCGGAGUCCAUCCGUCGGAGGAUGGAGAUCGAUGACGGAACUGCAGCCUGGGGAGAUCCUGGUAAAUACAGUGGAGGCGCUGUCAACAUGUGGAACAGGACCACUCAGUCAGAUCCGGAGCCCAUGGCCCCACCCUCUCAGAAUAAACCCCACCCAGCACACUGCUCAAUGCCGCCGCCUGUGCAGCACGUCAACCAGGACAAAACCUCCACUUCAAGUUGGGGGGAGCCCUACUCUCAGCAGAAGGAGUCUUCCUCAUGGGGGGAACCUUCUGCUGGUCCACCUGUGACGGUGGACAACGGGACAUCUGCCUGGGGGAAGCCCAUGGACACCAGCGCUAGCUGGGAUGAACCCAACAAGGACGUCAGAGAAUCUGGGUCAGGAUGGGGCAAUCAGCACAAGUCCGGUCCCAAGCCUAUGGAGACAUGGGGUAGUGAGGACGUGUCCAUGAGCAACAGCUGGGACCAGGAAGAGGAGGUAGAGAUUGGGAUGUGGACCAACAACCAACAGGACAACCGGUCUCAUGACCAGAACACGUGGAACUACAAGCAAAAAGGCCCCAACAAGAUGAACAAACCAGUCAACAAGCAGGACGAUCCUUGGAAACCUUUUAUCACCCAGUUCAACAGCAUGUCUUUCUCUAGGGACUCUCCUGAUGAGUCCAUGAAACCAGGAUCAGGCAUGGGGACGGACAAACGUAUGGACAUGAGCAGCAUGGGGGACUACAACGGCGUCAUGGGGAAGAACACAGUUUCUCGACACCAGUAUCACAAGGACUCUGUCGUAGAUCGUCCUUACUUUGAGAAGCUUUCCGCUUAUGAUAGCCCUGCUUCUGAUGAGCUCUCCUCCAAUCAAAGCAUGAGCCUUUCCCCUUGCAAUUCUGCUCAGCCUAUCCCCCGUUUCAACUCCGGGCCAUCCCCUUCCCACUCUAGUUCUGGGGCUGCUCCGCAGAAUGUAAACCCCAUGUUGGGUGGCGGCAGCGCAGCACAGGGCCGAGGAGGCCCCCAGUCCCAACCCCCACCUCAACCCAAUCUUCGCAACCAAGUGCCUCCAACCAUCCUUCCCUCUCAGGUCCCUCCCUCUCUGCUGAAGUACCCAGGAGCUAACGGUGGUUUGAACCCUCUCUUUGGUCAGCAGGUGGCUGUGCUCAACCAACUCUCCCAGCUCAACCAGCUGACACAGCUCAACCAGAUCAGCCAGUUACAACGUCUUCUCUUUCAGCAACAGCAAAAGGUUCAAAGCCAGAGGGCCAUGCCCAUGGGUCGUCAGACUGAACAGACACGUCCCAUUGGUUCGUCUCCAUCAAUGAUGCAGCCUCCACGGCAACUCAAACCGUACCCCGACAACUACUUGUCCCAAAACACCCCAGACCUGCAGAAGGACGCUUCCUCCAUUGGGUCCUUCGGCAACUUCUCCUUUGGCUUGAACUCUAACCAGAAUGUAAACCUUGACAUGGGUGUUGGGGGUGGAAGCAGCAGUGGCGGAGGAGCUGUGAACUACAAAGAGCUGCCCCAGUCCAGACUGAAGAAACUUUGGGCUGCUGACCCCUUGGAGCAGAACAGCAAACCUGGUGCUAUGUCGUCUGGACUCCGUCUGGACGACUCUCCUUUCUAUGAUUUCCUGUCUCCCGGCCUGUCUCCCCUGAGUCCUCCUGGUCAAUCAAUGGGCUCUGUGGGGGAUGGCUGGCCACCCCGUGCCAACUCCCCUCCUCCCCAUGGAAAUACUGUCACCUGGCCCCCAGAGUUCCGGCCCGGGGAGCCUUGGAAAGGUUACCCCAACAUCGACCCUGAGACUGACCCUUAUGUGACCCCUGGUAGUGUCAUCAACAACUUUUCCAUCAACACCGUCCGCGACACAGACCUCCUCAGGGACAGGAACAACGGGCCAUCCUCAUCACUGAACACCACGAUGCCUUCUAACAGUGCCUGGUCAUCCAUUCGUGCCUCCAGCCACAGCGGUUCCCUCACCAGUACAGCACAAAGCACUUCAGCUAGACCCAGUGAGUCAAAGUGGUCUCCUGGCAGCGGUUCUGUGUCCAACUCCUCUUUAGCCCAUGAGCUUUGGAAGGUCCCCCUGUCUCCUAAGCCGCUGCCAGUAGCAGCCCCCUCCAGACCACCGCCCGGCCUCACUAGCCAGAAGCCCAGCCCCGCCUCCUCCGGCUGGGACGGCUCUGCCCUGAGGCUGGGAGGCUGGAGCUCCUCUGAGUCCAGAUACACACCUGGCUCCAGUUGGGGUGACAGCAGCAGCUCAGGGAGAACCCAGUGGCUUGUUCUGAAAAAUCUCACACCUCAGAUUGACGGCUCUACUCUGAGGACUCUGUGCAUGCAGCAUGGCCCUCUGAUCACAUUCCACCUCAACCUGCCACAUGGUAACGCUGUGGUUUGCUACAGCUCAAAGGAUGAAGCCGCCAAGGCCCAGAAGAGCCUGCACAUGUGUGUUUUGGGGAACACUACUAUACUGGCUGAGUUCGCCAGCGAGGAGGAAAUCAGCCGCUUCUUUGCACAAGGGCAGUCACUGGCCACGCCCUCCUCUGGCUGGCAGGCCAUCGGUUCCUCUCAAAGUCGAAUGGAUCAGUCUCACCCCUUCCCCAGCCGCGCCUCUGAGCCCAACCAGUGGAACAGCGGCGACCUGCACAGAUCCUCUCUGUGGGGCGGGUCCAACUACUCCAGUAGCCUGUGGGGGAACCCCAGCGCCACUGAGCCGGGGCGGAUCAGCAGCCCCUCUCCAAUCAGCUCCUUCCUCCCGGUGGACCACCUGACGGGGGGCGGGGACUCCAUGUGAAGCGCCAGACGGGAGACGGGUCAGUAGAGAAUAGUCAAUAAUCAGCUGAAGAAAACGGAAAGAAAAGAGUAGUUCUAAACGCAACCGCUCUGGUUGGGACUCUUUCUCACUUAGAAGAUAUUCAACAAAACGGGGGGCCGUGGUGUCUCCCCCUGUGGAAUACAAGUUACGUUUCUCUUUCUGCACAUAUGUCCACUUUGUUUUAGCCCAAAAACAUAUCAGUCAGAAUACUUGAAUCAUGCAGGCCAAUUCUAUAAUGUGAACGGAUGGAUAUUUGCUUCCAGGUAGUGCUCUUUCAGACCGAAAAAAGCUUCAGUCAAGUUCAUUAUUAUUAUUAUUAUUAUAUAUUUUGUUUCAUUCGUCAUGUUUAUUUGAAUUCCAAUUCUUUUAUUUUCAACAUUUUCAUUUUUUUUUUUUUUUGGCGUUUUGUUUGACAAUGUUGGAGUAUGAGCUUUUUUUAACUUUGCACUGAAUGUGGUUUUUUUCUCAGUAUAUAUAAUCUGCAAUAUAGAGGGAGCAGCCAGUUUUUUCCAGUGUAGCUGUUUACUCAUUGAGGUCCUUAUCGUACGUGUGCGCGCGAGUACUUUGUGUGUUUGUGAUUGCAUUGUGAAUGAGUAUAUGUGCGCUCCUCUCUGCCUUGGCACACCUACCUUACUGGUUGUUGUGGAGUUCAAGAUCAACAGAUAAGUUCAAGAAUAAAAGCCUGACUUAGGAUGAUUAUCUGGUGAUAGAAAGAAAGAAAGAAAAAUGAAAAGAAUAAGUGACAUUUAAAAGUAUUGCACCAAUUUUUGUUUUAAAACUAAAGAAAGUUGAGCUCUGCAGUGCAAAGGACUGUAGCCGCAGCUGGGACUAGCAAGCCUCUCCCGCUCUAAGUAAGUGGGCGGGGCCUAUCUAGCAAGCCCUCCCGGUCGCCCCCUAGCGGGGCGGGGAGGGAACAGCACUUUCAGAAUAGGCUUUCAAUGUUUUUUGGAGGUGCCACACUGCAACCUCUUGUUUACAAGACUUAGGAGGCAGAACGUGUGUCCAUUCUUCAUUUUAAAGAGAAGAUAAACUAAAAUAAAAAUACAAUAAAAAAAAUUUAAAAAGCUAAAAAAAAAAAAGUGUAUAUAAAAAUUAUAAAAAGAAAUAGAAAAAAGCAAACAAAAAAAAAAAAAACUCUUGAGGAUGAAGACGAUGCGUUGUAACUCUGGGAAUUCGGAUCAGUGUUUUUUUGUUUGUUUUUUUUUUUUUUUUUCUUGGCCAUGGCGUUGGUUAUUUAAACUAUUCCUCUUCUUGUCUGCUAAAUAACCAGCAAUGGUUCUCAGGAAAUCAAGCCAGUUUCCCCCUCGCCCCUUGUAGUUGAAUUUAAAAACAAAAACAAACAAAAAAAAAAAUAAAAUUACUACUACUCCUUGUAGGAAAGGAAAAUCCAACAUCUAGCACUGAAAACUAUGUAAAGGUCUUUUUUUUUUUUCUUAUAAUUUUUUUUUUUUCCUCUGCCAAAUAACUGCUUUAAAGCUGGAGAAGCUCACACACUGCUUUCAAUAUGCUGUCUUUUUUUGAAGGAGGAGGAGCGUUCCCGGUAAAGACGGUGGGAAGGACGGAGGAGGGACUGUAAAUCAUCCCAGCGCUCCCUCUCUUCCUCCAUCCCGCUCUCCUCCUCCUCCUCCUCCUCCACUCCAUUGUUGUAGAAACUUUGGGGACUGUUUUUAAUGUGAGUGUAAAAUGUCUGGUCACUUAUGAUAAUAAUAAAAAAAAACAAAAACAAGAGAAAAGGCAAAAUCUGUAUCUAUGCAUACUGUAGCCUCUCGUAUUCACGAGGCCUGCCGAGAGGUUUUUCUUUUCAUUUUUGUUCCCUGUCUCUCAAAAGAAGAAAUGUUUGAAAUGUUUCAUUAAGUACGACUACACGCUUUUUUUUUUUUUUGUUUAGUUUUGUUGCUUAUAAUCAUUGCCACAAAUGUGUUUUAAAAAAAGGUAUACAACAACAAAAAACGAAGAAAAAAAAACAACAAAAAAUAUUUGGUUGAAGAUAUUUUAACAGUGCAAAAGUCGUCCACAUUUCAUUGCCUUGAUCCUAAAUGUGUCCGAAGAUGCAACAAGUCAAGUGGCUUCUACCUGUUUACAAAUAGAAUAUGAUUGUAUUGUUGUACUGUUUUUGUUUUCUUUAUUUUUUGUUUCUUUCAUGUUUUUGGUUGGUUGGUUUUCUCUUCCCAUCCUUUGCGUCUGGGAAGGGUGGGGUACUCAUCUGAAGUUUCUGACGUCAUAAAUUUGUUUGUGUGUGUGUGUGUGAGAAAGCGAGAGAACAGUGUGAAUGUAACUGUUGAUUUCAAAAGAAAUACUUGCGUGAACAUUAAAUUUACCUAUAUACCAGUGAUUGUUGAGUUACUAUGAUGCACAAUUUUUAGCGCGACAGAGCGAAAGCUUCAGAGCACGUUGGACGAGAGAUCAGCAUUAGCGAAGCCAUGGACCUUAAUUUUCUUUUUCUCGUGUUAUUUUUACUUUUCUCUUCCCGUGUUCAGCCUGCUAUGCGUGUGUGUGUGUGUUGGCGUGCACACAUUAACACCCCCCCAACACCAAUAUAGAGUUUUUAUUUCAGAAGUACUACAAGCUUUUCGGCUUUUGUUGUGUUUUGUUUUUUUUUUUUUGUUGUUUUUUUUUUUUGAAGUUUCACCGUGAAUAUAUACAAUAAACGACUUUAAGGCGUAUGUAGUGAAUAAACCUCGAGUAUUAGCCAGACUUGACAGUGGUGUGUGCCAGUAUUGAAUGCUCUCUACCAAAUAAUUCAAUCAUACAAAAACAAGGAUUAGUUUACUUAAUUCCACAUCUCUUUGCUUAAACUAUAAAUAUAUAUAUAAAUAUAUAUCUUAUUUGUGCUUUUGUCUUGGUGAAGUUAUCAAGUGGAACAUCUGAACUGUGUUUUUAGGGGUUUUUUUUUUUUUAGUUAACUUAAAUUGACAGAAUGAACCGAGGAGCCUUGGAUUUUGCACUUGGGCGGAUUGGAGGAAGCACCGGAGUCGGGUCGGGGUCAUUCGGGUCGGGGUCAUACGGGCGGGCGAGGAUUUAGCUUAGCGACAGGGUAACUAUUGUGUGGCGUGAGCUGCAGCUGCAGACGACGGUGCUUAGUUUUUUUUUGUUGUUGUUUUUGUUUUUUCCUCGCCUCGGAUUGUAGUGGAAACGGUUAAAAAGGCUCAGCGGAGCUCCGAUUUGACCCAUUCUGCAUCUUCAGCCAUGUCGCCACCGCAUGGGACGGAGCAGGAACUGCAGCUGCUGCUCGUGGUUUAUUGUUGAGGAGGUGGGGGGUUAAAAAGCAGGGGGAAUGUUCUGACCAUGCCUGGCGAUCAUGGCGGGAGAUUCUUAUGACUGAAAAUAGUUGGUUUUUUGGGGGAUAUUUUUUUUCUUUCUCCUUUUUUUGUAACCCCUUUGUGACUCAGGCAAGAGGAUGUGACUUAUAAGGCUCGUUUUCAGGGACACACAGGGUUCCGCUCGCUUCCUUGCUGGCUUAUCUUGAAUCAACUCUCCCACAUCCAAACCCUAAGCUCAAUUACAGGGGAGACGAUCCAAAAGUGAAAAAGAAACUGACAAGAAAAUAUGGGGCAAGUCAACCCCAAUCUGUCCAUAUUCCCUUUCUGCUCGUUUAAAAGGACUUUGUUCAUUCUGAUUUAUUUUGGGGGUGGGAUGGUUUUGUUUUCUUUUUAGCAAUGCACAUUUUUCCUGCGCUAUUUAAGAGCGGUUUUGUCCUACUUUAGUACCCUUACCUUAAACGUUAGUGGGACGAUGACUGAGCUCUGAGCAGCCCCAGAGGUGGUAUCGCUAGCGCUGUUAGAGAAGGGACAAGCAACGUCUGUAAAACGCCUCUCGGUAAUAAUAUUGUUGUUUUUUUUUGUUCCCAGCAGAAUUGUUCUAUCUUUCUGUCUUGUUCAAUCUACUGUUAGUGUGUGUGUGAGUGAAGAUGCACGUGUGUGUGUGAGAGAGAGUGAACUUAUGCCAAAUCGAGGAGGGAGGGUUGUUAGGGAAGGAAAGGGAUUUGUUUUUUUUGUUGUUGUGUUUUUUAAAGCGGUAUGUGUGCAUAUGUGUAUUUAAAAAGCUGGACAAUGUUAAAUGCUUGAAGAAAAAAAAACAAAAACAUUUGCAAAAAGAUGACAUGAGGAAAACCACCAUGAGCAAUGUACAAUCCCCAAAACGCUGCCAAGCAGCUUGACGACAGGGCCAGAAGAGGGGAGGAAAGAAGGAAAGAGAUUGGUAGGAGAGGAGGGAAGGUCACUGGUGAUACUCUACUACUUUUUGUUUUUUAUAUAUAUUUAAAGUACAAAUAAUGUGACUUGUGUUAUUUCUCUUAACUAUCCUGUGACUAAAAUGCUAUAUUACAUCAUAACACACACCCAACGGCUCCUACAGUCGAUCAAAAGUGCUAAGGCUUUUUUUUUUUUUUUUUUAAGAAAAACAAAAACUGUGAGAAUCUGCUGUCUUUUGUUUUACACUUAGUAUGACCACACAUGUACAAACCCUGAAAAGCUUUAGUCUAACCAGCACAAAGAUGUGGGUCGGGGGCGGGUGGGAUUUAUUUUUACCUUUUAUUUUUGUUCCCCUUUCUCUUUCUCGGGGUCGGGUGUUGCUCAGAGAGACUAUGCAGUGGAGUGUUGAACCCAGGCUUCCAUGUCCACCUUGGGUUUUCUGUUCUCUAAAUUAUAUUAAAAAGAAAUUUAAAAAAAAAAAAAAUCCCUUUGUAGAAACGCAGCUCGAGAUGGGAUUCCCAAUAACGUUCCUCAAACAUGUGCCAUCUUUGAAUUGUACUGCUUCUAAUAAACUUUAAAAAUAAAGCAAAGAAAAAACAAACAAAAAAAAAAAACACAAAACCUGAUAAACCUUUAUUA